GUUUUCACAAAUACGUAUCCUAAGGAAAUCACCGAAAUUGGUUUGACAAAUACAUAUACUGAUGAAAUCACCGAAAGUGGUUUGACAAAUGCAUAUACUGAUGAAAUCACCGAAAGUGGUUUGACAAAUACGUAUCCUAAGGAAAUCACCGAAAUUGGAAUUGCUGUGCGCAAUCGAAAUUUCAUCCUUAGGAUAAAAAUACCAAACAUUAGACAACCGGUGGUUUGGUGGUUCCACAAUUAUAAAUAUGAAUGUGACAGGAUAUGCGCUGAUGGCCCUGACUAUAAAGUGGCAAAUAGUGGAGGUACUCCCACGCUUUGGAUCAAAGAUGUAACUAAGAAAUGUUUGACUUGGAAAUUUGAUGAAGACAACCAAAAUGCUGCAGACAAUCAUUUGAAGAUAAACAGUUUGACAAAUACGUAUCCUAAGGAAAUCACCGAAAUUGGAAUUGCUGUGAACAAUGGAAACGUCACAAUGACGAUAACAUUACCAAAUAUGAAACGACCGGUGUUUUGGAAGUGCAACAAUUAUAAAUAUGAAUGUGACAGGACAUGCGCUGAUGGCCCUUACUAUAAAGUGGCACAUGUUGAAAAUACUUCGACUCUUUUUAUCAAAGACGUAACUAAGAAUUGUUUGACUUGGGAAUUUGAUGAUGACAACCAAAAUGCUGCUGACAUUCAUUUGAAGAUAAAAGGUUUGACAAAUACAUAUCCUGAUGAUAGCACCCAAAAUGGAAUUGCUGUGCUCAAUGGAAACGUCACAAUGACGAUAACAAUACCAAAAAUGAAACGACCGGUGACUUGGGAGUGCCACAAGUAUAAAAAUGAAUGUGACAGGACAUGCUUAAAUGGCCAUUUCUAUAAAGUGACACAUAUUGUAAAUUCUUCGCAUCUUUCGAUCACAGAUGGAACUAAGGGAUGUAUGACUCAGAAAUUUCCUAAUGCCAACCUUAAAGCUGCAGACAUUCAUUUGAAGAUAAACAAUCCGAAACGUGGACUAAGUACACCUGAGCUUGUCAGAAAGAUUCUUGGUGCAUUCAUCUUUAAUGCAAUCGUUGUCGGAGUCCUUUUCUUCGGCCACAAAUAUCUCCAGAACUACCUAUCAGUAUAAGAAUGCUACAAUUUGUGUUUUUUUAUAUACAUUUCUCCUCUAAAAGAAGAAAUAAUUCUGUUUACCUGAAUAAGACUUUCACUGACUGCAUUAGCAUAGUUGGAUUUUAAAGAAUUUAUAUCCAUAUUUUUUAUAUACACAAUUAUUGUCAUUUCAAAAUGUCUUUUCAAAUUUCUGCUACAACUUUUGGCUAAAAUAACUGAGAAUUAAAAAAUUUUAAAGCUAUUAACUGUCUGUUUAUCAAUUUAUGACAACAGCUAAUAACCUUUUUUAAGUUUUUGGAAUUAAAAAAAGCUCAGUACAUUUUUAGUAAAAUAUUCAAAAAUACAGUUUUUUAAUUUUAUAUUUCAGCUUAUGUAGAGAAACUAAGUUCCUUU